AUGGGAGGAACGGCGACGACUCUACUUCUGUGUUUCUAUGGAUUUCUGAAAGAAUUCCGUCCUUCGGAACCCUACCUUUAUGAGUAUCAACACGUCUAUCUCAACAUCUCUGAGCAUGUACUCAAUGCCGACGUUAGUUGGUUUUCUUCUGUCCCAAUCAUUUUUUCUCAGGUCUACCCGAUCUGGACUUACAGUUAUAUGGUGGCCCUAUUUCCUGUGCUUCUUCUAACUGACGUUUUUCUUUAUAAGCCAAUGAUCAUACUAGAAGCCGUAUCGUAUGUGGUGGUGUGGUCGAUCUUCUUGUCCUGCCGCUCAGUCGUUUCUCAACAGGUUCUCUACUUCUCAAAAGGAUCGAACGGUUCUGUUGCCAGGUUGUGGAAGUCUUCUACGGCUGCGCUACAGCCACUGAAGUCGCCUAUUUCUCCUACAUCUACGUGAAAGUGGACAAGAGGCAGUUCAAAUCGUAGGUGGUCAAGGCGGUUUGUGGCAACCGCCCCUGCAGCGUGACGUCAUGGACGAGAGCCGCGCUUCUCGUCGGUCGUUCCGCCGCCUACGGGCUCGCUCAGAUAAUCGUGCUGUGCGGACUCGGAUCCUACAGAACUCUCAACAUAAUCAGCCUCGUGUCACUGAGUCUGGCUCUCCUGUUUUCUUCGAUACUGCCCAACGUGUCUUGGAGAGCGGCGUACAAGAGAAAAAUUGAGUCCCAAGGUGAAGUCAAAGUCCAGAAUUCUUGAAUAAGGAGACAAAGAAGUUUCAAGCUUUUUUUCGAACCAAUUUCUAUUAAAAUGGAAUCAUUCAGGCAAAGAAAAUGAAGUUGCGAUUGAAAACCUAUCGAGCUACGGAGAAUUCGUUUCCGAUCAUUUCUCCCACAUCUAUUCUGAUUUUCGUGAUAUGUAUCGAGAUAUUUUCAUACUGAAAUGGUCGGUGUGGUGGGCUCUAGCCAACUGCGCCUUAUUUCAAGUGAGAAUCCUUAAAAGCUUUCCACAAGGUCAUGUCACAGAUAUCGAAUUACACACAAAACUUUAUGGGGUACAGUCACGGACGACUCGGACAAGUUCAAUGGUAUCACUGAAGCACUUUGUCCACUUUUUGGUAAGGCCUAGCAAAACUGAUACUUUCUAAAAGACUAAUUUGGAAAUGAAAAUUGAAUGAAAAUAAUUAUUUAGAUUUUGAUUAUUAAUAAUGGUGUACAAAAAUGAGUAAAAUCCUCGCUAAAGAUGAGCCGUUAGGAAAGGGACACACUCCAAAAAUUAGAAGUCAUGAGCUUUAGCCUAAAAUUGAAUUGAGAUUUCUCUGAUUAUUUUCAAUCGAAUGCUAAAAUGCUCUUUUAAGUUUCGAAAACUCAAGAAAAAGAGAAAUGACUGGUAGUCUACAGGUAUUCCAGUGGUACUGCUGGCCCAAAAGCUUUUUGUCGACUGGGUGAAGUGGGGCGAGAUUUUCCUAUCGCUUGGAUCGCUGGCUCAAGGACUUUUACUGUUUCUGUUGUCCCAGACAGGACAAUUGUUCGUCAUGUACGCCGGGUACAUAGCCUACAGGGUUAUAUUCCAAGCCAUGGCGACAAUAGCACAGUAGGUUCUUUAUAAUAUCUACUCUCUUUCUAAGAGCUUCAAUUCAUCAGACUUUUUGAGGAAUAAUCUCGCGUCGGGUCUCAAAUCCGAGUCUUUCGGUUUAUUAUUCGGGACAAACACUUUUGUGGCGCUCGUUUUGCAGACGAUCCUAACGGUGGUGGUUAUUGACAUCGCUAACUUAUCGAUUCGACCUCAGGUGAACUAA